AUGCCCCCGCUACCCAGUCGCACUUCCGUCGGACCCAGAGAGGUCCAGCUCAAGGUACCGGAGCUGAUCGAAGGUUCCGAGGGGCGGACAGCGUCGAGCUUGAAGCUGACGCGGACGAUCACCCUCAUGGCGGCGGUCGAGCCCGUCGCAAGGGCCAGCAUGGAUAGCUGCUUCCACCAGGUCCUUAUCGAGCUGGCCGAGGAGGAGCAUGUCGAAGAGAUGAAGACAGAGGCCGUCGAAUCUGACGAGUGGCGGUUUGAGACGGAGACCGUCGUCUCCGCUGAAGAGAUGGGUCGUGCACAUGGUCUUCAGGGCCGACAUGGCACGGCUGGUGAGCACAGUGGUGAUUGUUGGGCCUCGAAGUUCGGGCAGCGGUUCAGACGCGGUCGUGGGGAGAGAUCGGGGCCCUAA